CAUAUGGAUGCUGCAUGUGGGGUAGGAAAAAGUACCAAACCAAACAUCAACCGAACGUGUGCGUAACAUACAUAAGCAUAUAUUAUAUAGGUUUUCCUCGGUGCUUACCUAACCGAACAAGCUCCUUGCUGGAGCCUGAAAACAUUCAUACUGUAGGGAAAACUAUUUGUCCAACCUGCGGGCCUUCUUUUCCAGGACAUAGUGUUUCCAUACAUACAACCAGACUUCGCGCAAAGCAACUUCCCUACGCGAAUAUCUGUAGCCGCCUGGCGCCAUGGACGCAAACACGAUGCAAUUCGCUAUGGAGCAAAUGAGGAAGAUGCCUCCAGAACAGUUACAGGCAAUGAUGCGCAACAUGCCACCGGACAUGAUGGCGCAAGCUAUGGCACAAAUGAACAACAUGAAACCGGAGGAUUGGGAGCGAGCAAAGCGGGAGAUGGCAAACAUGGAUCCGGACACGAUGGCGCGGCAAGCAGCGCAAGCGCAGGCGCAGAUGGCGGGGCGAACACAGUAUGUUAUUAAUGCCAGCAACCAGCUGAAGCAGGAGGGCAACCAGCUGCACAGCCGCGGCGAGUACGGCAAGGCUGUUGAGAAGUACGAACGCGCCAAGUCCAACAUAGAGUCCCUCACCAGCCAGGAGGCGCGCGACCUGGCCCGCGCCUGCACCCUCAACCUCAGCAGCUGCUACCUCAACCUGAAGCAGUACGACAAGUGCCUGGAGCAGUGCAACCAGGUGCUGUCAGGCGAGCCCGACAACCUGAAGGCGCUCUACCGCCGCGGCCAGGCACACAUGGGCAGCGGCGCCUGGCUGGAGGCGGCUGCGGACCUGGAGCGGGCGCUGCGGUUGGCCAAGGAGACGGACCCCUCGCAGACGCAGCCCAUCAGGGACAAGCUGCAGGAGACGAAGGACCAGAUCAGCGCGCUGCGGGCCGCGGGGAAGCUACCCGCAGCAGCUGCAGCGGCCGCGGCGUCAGCACCACCACCGCCGGCCAGUGCUGCUGGCGCUUCCAGUAGCAGCAGCACAGCAGCAGCGGCCACGUCAACAACGCCGGCGUCUGGGAAGGCGACCGGCGGCAGCAGCGGCGCGGCUGCUGGUAUGGAUCCUGAGAUGAUGGCUCGGGCGUCCGAGAUGAUGCGCAGUAACCCGGAGAUGUUGAAGCAGGCGCAGGAGAUGAUGCGCGGCAUGAGCGAUGAGCAGCUGCGGGGCAUGGCGCAGCAGAUGGGGGUGGAUGUGCCGCCCGAGGCGCUGCGGGGCGGCAUGGGGAAUGUGGACAUGGACUUGAUGUCUAAGGUGGCGCAGCUGCAGGCAGAGUUGCCUCCCGACCUGCGGGGUCCGGAGGCGGCUCGCAACCCCGAGUCCAUGAAGCGGGUGGCAGACCUGUUGGCCAAGAAGCCCGAGCUGGCUGCAAGCAUGGGACAGGUGCUGACCUCAAUGGAUGCGGACAAGCUGCAGGAGAUGUCUCGUGCGGCGGGUCUACCCCCCGGCGUGACAAUCACGCCGGAGAUGGCCAAGGCCGCAGCGGAGAGCUUCCAACGCAUGUCGCCGCAGGAGGUGCAGGCAGCCGUGCAGGCGGUAUCCGGCAUGCCGCCUGCAGCAGCAGCAGCAGCCGCUUCCGCAGCUGCUGCCAGCAGUGCACGGGAGUCCUCGGGGGCCGCUGCCAGCACCAGCGGCCGGGAAGCGCCCGGUGCCGCGCUGCCCGCGAUGGACCCACGGGUCGCUGCGGACAUGCUGGCCGCCAUGACUCCCGAGCAGCUCGAGGCUAUGACCAAGAUGAUGCCGGGCGGCGACAAGAUGAACCUGACGCCGGAGAUGGCCAAGAUGGCUGCUGAGAUGAUGAAGGGCAUGUCGGCGGAGGACCUUCAACGCAUGCAGGACAUGGCGCUCUCCAUGCGUGGAGGCCUAGCGGGCAGCACCAGCAACACCAGCGGAGCCGGGGAACGCAUUACCAAUGACAGCUCAUCCUCCGCUCCCAGUACCUCCACCACCGUCAGCCCAUCUGCAGCGCCAGCAGCAGCAGCAGCCCCGGCUGCGGGUAUGAUGCCGCCCGGUGGCUUCCCCUCCGGCAUGGCGCAGAUGGCGGCUGAGAUGAUGAAAAAUAUGAAGCCCGAGGACAUUGCGCGCAUGCAGGACAUGAUGGGCAAGAUGGGCGGCGGUGCGGGGGUUGCCGCUGCUGGUGCUGCUGGCAUGCCCGACCCCGCUUCCAUGGCCUCCAUGUUCUCCAACCCAAACAUGUCGGGUAUGAUGGAGUCGGCGGUGCAGAUGAUGAAGAGCAUGGACCCGGACACGCUGGCCAGCAUGAUGAUGUCCAGCGGCAUGUGCCGCGACCGGGCGCAGGCGGAGCUCAUGGCACGGCAGAUGGGCAACAUGUCGGAGACGCAGAUGCGCAUGAUGGUCAAGGCGGCAGCGGCGGUGCAGAGCGCGCGCGACAAGGGGCGGCGGGCGCUGGAGUGGGC